AUGCCAUCUGGAAAAUCACAAAUAUCUCUCUCAUCGGCUCCACCGCUUAAGACCCUUACUCCACGCCCUGAUAUCUCACAACUAGAAAAUUUUGCCAUGAGUGCUAUGGCACCAAGCAUGGCAGUUGUUUUUACUUUACCAUUUGAUACGAUUAAAGUCAGAAUGCAACUUCAAGGAGAAGUUAAAUUUUUAAAGGAUUCGACUGGCAAGACAAUUCGAGUUGUUGCUGAAAAGGUUUACAAAAACAGUUUCGAUUGUUUACGAAAAACCUACAAAUUCGAAGGUUUACGAGGUCUGGAAAAAGGACUUGUGCCUUCUAUCUUAAAAGAGUGUUCGAAGAACGUCUUUCGCCUGGGACUUUAUGAUCCAAUUCUCGCUGUAAUUCAUCCAACUGAUGAUUCUACUUCAUCAUCUUCUGCACCCGCUUGGAAACGAAUGUUUGCGGGUGGUUUAUGUGGAGCAUUGGGUGCGGUAUCGGCGAAUCCCUUUGAAUUAGUAAAAACACGAUUACAAAGUACAGCGGCUGUUGCUAUUGCAGUUGGAAAUCAAUAUGGAUAUACAUCGGUGACUUCCGCAUUACGACGUAUAAUGCACGAGGAAGGCGGUAUAAAAGGUCUUUACCGUGGAUCAAUGAUAUCUGUUGGGCGAGGGAUACUGGGAAGUGCGGCAAAUUUAUCGUCCUAUACUAUGUUAAAGGAUUAUGCCAAACGUGAAGGAUAUUCCGAUGGCAUUCCACUUGACAUGGCAUGUAGCUUGAUAAGCGCAUUUGUCAGUGUAAUUUUUAUGAAUCCUUUGGAUGUUGUUCGAACGCGUUUAUAUAACACAUCAUCAAUCACAUCGAAUCAAUCCUUACUUUCUACCACUGGAAUUAUCAUCAAGAAUGAAAGAUGGACAGCUUUAUAUCGAGGAUUUUGGACUCAUUUUAUGCGAAUUGGGCCACAUUUUUGUUUGACUUUUGUUUUCCUAGAACAAUUAAAGCGAGGAGUUAGGCAACUCCGUCUGGAAGAGUAUCAACGCCAACUUCAAACAUAUCACAAAGCAACCACUGAUCUUAAGAUGUAA